AUGACAUCAUUGCAAUUGGCCAAUAUGCAGCUGGCCAAUAUAAACCCCAUCAUGCAGCUGGCCAAUAUGCUUGUUGAACAAGGAUUCAUGAUUAGUUUUGUCAACACCGAUUACAACUAUUCUCGUAUUGCACAGGCCAACAAACGUAUCGGGUGCAAUGAUUUUGUUUGUGAGGAAGGUUCUAUUCGUUGGGUAGUCGUCCCAGACGGCCUUCCUCCUAGUGAUAAACGCACAGACGUUUCCACGUUGUGUCAUUUAGCAGAAAGCGUCAUCGUCUCCUUCAUCGACAAACUGAUUGGGGAGAUGAAAGAGCAGGACCCUGAGCAAGCUAUUUGUUUGGUAAUGGACGACAUGUUAUCCACCGCGUUAGAUGCAGCCAAAUGCCACCGAAUUCCAAUGGCUUCUCUCUGGACAUCACUCAUUGCCACCUAUGCCCUGCUCUAUGAUUUGCCUAAUCUAGUCUCCUCCUCUCUUCUCCCUUCAAAUGGAGUCCUCAAGGACUUUACGAUGGUGAAAUAUCUUCCCUCCAUGCCGCCUUUCUACUCUGCACACCUUCCUUGGGUUGUUGGAUUUGAUGAAACCCAGCAAGAGUUUCUCUUCCGCUUCAAUGAACGUUACAUGGAAAGAAACAGAGAGCUCAAAUGGGUGUUAUUCAAUUCUUUUUAUCAUUUGGAAGCCCCUAUACUCGAUGACCUAAUCGUCCAAGGAGCUUCGGUAUGUUCAAUUGGUCCCUGUAUUCGUACUCCCCAUCUGAAUGGGGAAGUUCAUUCAGAAAUCACGGCGAAAUUUUGGAAAUAGGAAGCAGAAUGUUUGAAUUGGCUGGACAAGCAGUCUCAGAAGAGUGUGGUGUACGUGUCCUUCGGAAGCCUGGCAAUAGUGAAGUAGAGACAGUUGGAAGAAUUUGUGCUUGGCUUGGAAGCCACCCAGACCGUUUAUGUGGGUUCUGCGUAGCGAUCUCGUGGACGGGUCAAGUGCUUUACUUCCUCUAGGAUUCAUGGAAGCCACCAAAGAUCGGGCAUAUUUUGUUUCAUGGUGUCCACAAAUGAAGGUUCUUUCUCAUUCUUCUGUUGCGUGUUUCAUCACUCACUGUGGAUGGAAUUUCGUAAUGGAAAGCAUCGCCUUUGGAGUGCCCAUGCUCUACUGGCCUUACUUUACAUAUCAGUUUUUUAAUUGUGUUUAUGUGGUAGAUGUAUGGAGGAUUGGGCUGGCCUUGAAUAAAAACAGUGAUGGAAUAAUUGAAAAUAAAGAAAUCGAGAUGGAUGGGGGUGAAGAGGGUGUUUGAAAAUGAUGAGAUGAAGGCAAGAGUUUUUAAAUUGAGCGAGGAAGCGAAAGACCCAGUAAAGAGCGAAUGAAGGAGGAAAUCUCAUGUGACGAAUAAAUCUUGUUCUUUUGGGCUCAAACAAACAUGAAAUGAUGUCUUGAAUUCUAUUAUUAAAUAGCCCGUCGCUGCAAACCAACCGUAGUCCAAGCAUUCUGUUGAUUGUGUGUAGAGCAUACUAC